GUUAGUUUUAAAAAAUUAGUAAAAUGUUUAUUUAUUUGAGCAAAAAGAUCGCUAUUCCAAACAAUACUAAGAUUAACGCCAUUGCGUGGAACAAAUUAGAUGGAUACAUUGCUGUUGGAGGAGAAAAUGGACUAUUAAAAGUUUUAAAAUUAGAUUCAGCCAAUGAAAAUGAAGGAAUUAUCAAGAAUCGUGGCUUGGCAGCAACUAGUAACUUGUCGAUGAACCAAGCACUAGAGGGUCAUUCGGAAAACAUACAAGUAUUGGUAUGGAAUGAAUCACAUAAGAAGUUAACCACUAGUGACGAAAAUGGUGUGAUAAUAGUUUGGAUGUUGUAUAAGGGUGCCUGGUACGAGGAAAUGAUAAAUAAUAGAAAGAAAUCAACUGUAGUCGGUAUGGCUUGGAAUGUCGAUGGUUUAAAAAUUUGUAUUAUUUACGAAGAUGGUGCUGUCAUUGUUGGUUGUGUUAGCGGUAACAGAAUAUGGGGAAAGGAAUUAAAGCAAGUUCAACUAGCAGGGGUACAAUGGUCACCCGAUAGUAAAUUUUUAUUAUUCAGCCUAAAAAGUGGCCAGCUGCACUUAUAUGACAACCAAGGAAAUUUUGUUAUGAAAUUAAAUAUAGUAUGCCACGAUGCCAGCUUCGAUGUAAUACCUAUAGUUGGUUUAGAUUGGUAUAAUGGUAUAAAUGGAAAUAUGUAUGCAUUGAGUCCCAAUUUGGCUAUUACAUUUGAAAAUGGAAAAACUCAGCUCAUGAGGAAUGAAAGUGACACAAAUCCAAUUGUUAUUGAUACAAGAAUGUUUGCGGUUCAUUGUUCAUGGAAUCAUAAUGGAUCACUUUUAGCUAUUUGCGGAAGACAAUUUGCCGAAGAGAAGCAAGUGAAUCUUGUACAAUUUUACAACCCGUUUGGAGAACAUUUAAGAACGUUGAAAGUUCCUGGAAAUUCAAUAUCUUGUUGUGUAUGGGAAGGUGGAUCUUUAAGAGUCGCCCUUGCUGUAGAUUCGUUCGUUUAUUUUGCUAAUAUACGUCCCGACUACAAAUGGUGCUAUUUUAAGAAAACAGUAGUUUUUAGUUCUUGCAGACCACAUAAAGCUGGAGUAAGUCUUUCUUUCUGGGAUACUACCAACAAUCAAUGUCACACUAGAUGGGUUUCGGUUCUAUUAGCUAUCGCUGGUUAUGGAGAUUACUGUAUUGUUGCAAUAAAAUCUGAAAAUGAAGAAAAUUUGGGAAAAUAUGGUCUAAUAUUGUAUAAUACAUUAGGAACUCCUGUUGAUGGAAAGUACAUAAAUAUUGAGCCUAUUAGUGUAGCGAUGAAUUCGUACCAGGUAUUUGCUGCAUCAAAGAACAAUUUUAUAGUUUGGCAUUAUAAAACACCCAAAUCCAUAACAGUUGGCAGUACCAGGAUAAAAAUGUUUCACGUGGAUGAUAAUCCUUCUGGAGCAGUAGAAAUAAUCCAAGAAUUGGAAGGCACUAAUACAAUACCUGUUAGUACGCAUGAAACUAUAGAUCCCAUAUGGUGCUUAGUGGCAACAGAUAAGUGCUUAGUUAUAGGAAGGGAUUCGGGUCUUAUACAGUACUAUGCUUUACCUCAUAUAGUAUUAACCAAUAGAUAUAAAAUUAGUACAAGACCACAUAAAAUGGCCAUCAAUUCAAACUCUACACGUUUAUCAGUUAUUGAUAUAUCGGGUGUUAUGUCAGUAAUUGAUAUUUCUGAAGGAAUAGGUCGCCCAACAACAGGAGGCGACGGUACUAAAUUAGAAAGGAAAGAUGUUUGGGCGAUGUGCUGGGCCUCAGAUAACCCACAGUUACUUGCUGUCAUGGAAAAAACUAGAAUGUAUAUUUUCAAAGGGAUUUACCCUGAGGAGCCUGUAGCUUGUUCCGGUUAUCUAUGUAGUUUCAAUGACUUGGAAAUUAAAGCAGUAUUAUUGGACGAAGUAAUGGAGAACCCCGAGAAACCUGACAAGGAUCAUAUAAUUAAAAUAGAUGUAAAGAGUCUCAGGGAUACAAGACAAUUGCUGGAAAAAGUUGGCAUAAAUGAAGCCUGCCAGUUUGUCGAAGACAACAGGCAUCCUAGAUUAUGGAGACUUGUUGCCGAGGCUGCUUUAAAACAAAUGAAUUUACCUAUGGCCGAAGCUUGCUUUGUUAGAUCCAAAGAUUACUCCAAAGUCUUGUUUGUAAAAAAACUGGGAGAUAUCAACAGCGAGGCUAUUCGAAAAGCUAGAAUAGCUACAUAUUUUAAGAAUUUCGACGAAGCAGAAAAAAUUUACAUAGAAGCUGAUAGAAGUGAUCUUGCGCUAAAAUUGCGUCAAACUUUAGGAGAUUGGUUUAGAGUAAUUCAGAUAUUGAAAAACGGUGUUACUGCUCCGGAUUCUUUGUUGCAAACAGCCUAUAAUUCAACAGCAGAUUAUUUUGCGCAUUUUAAUAACUGGGCUUCGGCUAUUGAAUAUUACGAGUUAGCUAAAAAUACAGCUAAAACGAUUGAAUGUUACUAUCAUCUAGAAGAUUGGAAAAGUUUGGAAUCUAUGAUAGACAUUCUCCCUGAAGGCGACCCUCUUUUAGAGGUAAUAGGGGAUAUGUUUGCUUCGAGUGCAGUUCAUACUGAAGCGGUGAAGGCGUACAUAAAAGUUGGAAAAAUGAAAUCUGCUAUAAAUUUGUGUAUUGAAUACAACAGAUGGGAUGUAGCUAUAGACUUGGCGAAAACAUACAAUAUUACUAAAAUUUCUGAAUUAUUGAUGAAGUACACUAAUCACUUAAUCGAACAGGGCCAAAUUAUGAACGCAAUCCAAGUUAAUAUACAAGCGAAGUGUUAUUUUCAAGCAGCGGAAAGUGCUUUAAAGUUGGCAGAGACAGAAGUUCAGAAACCUAACAAAAAUCUAUUAAAAAUUAAGAAGCACUAUGUGUACUUCGCAAAACUAACUGAACUUUGUAAAAAACCAACAGCCUCAGGAGAUUGGGAAUCCUCGAAUACUUUAUUAAUCGAAAAUGCAUGGAAAGGCGCAGAAGCUUAUCAUUACUUAAUGCUAGCUCAAAGAUUUAUAUAUAGUGGAAAACAACACCAAGCUCUUUGCGUUGCUUAUAAAUUGCAGGAUUAUUCUGAAUAUAUUCCCGAUAUUGAUAUUUACUGUCUUUUGGCAUUGGUUGCAUGCAUUGAUCGAUGCUUUGGUGUAUGUUCUGUAGCAUUAAUGAAAAUAAAUGAUUUAGAAAGCAUUUCAGAUACAGAAAAAAUUCGUUUCAACGAGUUGGCGUGGGAUAUUUUUAGAAACAACGAGCCUAUCAACCAAACAAACUCAUCAAUGAAAUGCGAUAAUUGUAGUGCAAACAUUCCUGAUUGGAGUACUCAGUGUUCUCAUUGUAAAAUACACUUUCCUACCUGUGUGGCUACUGGAAGAUCUAUUGUAGGGAACCCAAUGUGGUUUUGCAAAAGCUGUAAGCAUCCUGCUUUGGAAAAAAAGAUGUCGUCUCAACUCGUUUGCCCGCUCUGUCAGGCUAAAAACGAAAAAUAAUAUUUUUUUAUUUUAUAUAUCCGUCCAUUCACAGUGAUCUCUAAAUUAAUUUUACAUUUAGG